CUUAAACAAUAUAAUCUUCUUAGGACAAAGCGAGAGUGUACCAUUGAGAUUCACUUAGCUUGGGCUUUGCACACUUUGUGAAUGUUGUUGAGUUUACGAAGAAUAAGGUUCCAAGCACAAGAAGAUGUCCUUUCUAAUAAAUUAAUUAAUUAGAGAAACUUGAGUUGGGAUUCACAGCCACCCCUGCUGUCUGUCGACAAAAGUCACAAAACUCAGAGCCAGGCUCCGAUACUCGUUUCUGCUUUCCAAUAAAAUAUCAAAAAACAAUACUAGAAUGCUUUACGGGUACUUUAACCUUGUAAUUAAUUUAUUACUAGUAUAUGUAUAUAUCCAAGUGGAGGUCAUGUGUACAAAAUAAUUGAUCAAAUAUUUACUUGCAACAAAUCAAUCAAUUAAAAAUCAAAAGUUGUCCCACUUUCUUUUGGCCAAUAUAUACAGACACACCUAAACUGUAAAAGCCGAAGCUAGUCUAAACGUCAACAUGGCUGGUUCAGUUAGUAAAGAGUGCAUGAUAAGUCUUAUAAUGAUCUUUUUCACAUGGUCUCUCUGUGCAACUUCAAAUGAUCUGCUUAGCUGCGACCCAAAAGAAUCCUCUUCCUCCUCCUCAACUAGCUACGUUUGCCACUCAAACCUCCAAAAGUGCCGCACUUUCGCCACUCUAAGAGCCAAUUCUCCCUUGAGGGGCCAUGAGUUACAAUUUAUCCCGAUUGACUGCACAUGUAAUGGAAGGUUCUACGAGGCUCAUCUGUUCAAAACUUGCGUUAAAGGCCUGACCACGUGCCUGUCUAUAAGAGACAAGAAUCCUCAGGUAUCAGAGGAGAGCCUGGAGGAGAAGGUUAAGUUGCGGUUGGGGGUCAAGUGUUGUUGUCCAGAAGAAGGCGCCGCAAGGUUUCUCGUCACAUAUCCGGUGAGUGAGGGGGAAAGCGUUUCAAGCUUGGCAGACAAGUUCAACACAAGAGAGGAUGCUGCUAUUGUCUCUGCAAACAACAAUUCUGGAGUGGUUCCACGCACCCCUGCUCUCAUACCUCUUGAUCAUAAACCCCAGAACACCCUGCCGAGUCGCCAGAAGAAAAAGCGGUCAAAGAUGAAGAAGCUGAUGAUCGCUGUGAGCAGCGCGAUUGCUGGGGUUAUGGGUCUUAUCACUCUCAUAGUGUUGGGUUACUUGCACUGGAAGAAAGAGACGCGUCUGCAAAGCUGGAUAAGCAAUAAAGAUCCAGAGACGCGGCAGCUGAGCCUGAGCAUCCGCACCACCAGUGACAAGAAAAUCUCCUUUGAAGGGUCGUCACAGGAGGGUUCCAUAUUGGAUUCUGUUGCUGUCGUUGGCACCACAACUCCCCGAAAGCCCGUUGUGGAGAUUUACGCGUUGGAGGAGCUGGAGAAAGCCACUGAGAAUUUCAGCUCAACCAAUCACAUCAAAGGUUCCGUUUAUUUCGGUUCUCUCAAAGGCAAAGACUUGGCUGUCAAGCAAGUGAGCGCCGGUGUAAUGAAAAGAUUCGACUUCGGGCUUCUCAACGAUCAGUCACACUACUACAGUCACAACCUGGUGAGGGUUCUUGGGACAUGUUCCCCCCCGGGCCCGGAUGAGGGUGCUUCUUAUCUGGUUUUCGAGUACGCAAAGAAUGGGUCUUUGUGGGAUUGGCUCCAGAACAAAUUGGCCAUCAAGAAUCAAUUCAUCGAGUCUUGUUACUGUUUCUUGGCAUGGAAACAGAGGAUCAAGAUCUGCCACGAUGUCGCCAUCGCCUUAAAGUUUAUGCAUCGGAUUAACUAUGUUCACGGCAACAUCACGAGCAGGAACAUUUUCUUGAAUGAAGAUCUUAGAGGUAAAGUCGGAAACUUUGGCAUGUCGUCGUCAAAGGAUGACAACAUUGGUUCUUCCAUGUCUCCAGCUACUGACGUCUUCUCUUACGGGAUCAUCCUAAUGGAGGUUUUGUCUGGACAAACCCCAGAGAUGUUGCUUGGACCGCAAGAAGAAAAUAGGGCUAAUCCCGAGUGGAAGAGACUGAGAGAGUUUAUGAUGGGGGAGAAGGAAAUGCUAAGGGAAGUGAUGGAUAGCACGUUUGGGGAGAGCUAUUCAGUUGAUUCUGCCUAUGAAAUGGCAAGACUUGCAACAGACUGUACAGCAGAAGAAGCAGAGCUAAGGCCGAGCGCGGCUGAGAUUGUAGAGAGGGUUUCGAGAUUGGUGGAUGAAGAUGAGUCAGUAACAAUAAUAGAGAGAGAUAAUACCACCUUGAUUUCAGAGAGUUCUUACAAGCCUUUGGUAUGGAAAGGAGAUGAAUGCUAAGUUAUAUAUUAUUA